UUGACCUGAAAACCCUACGUCACGUCUCCAUGAUACUGGACCAUACGGCACUUGAGGGCCCUACGACGCGGCCACUGCAGUUCCAAGUUCUGAUGAGGAUGAUCUUCAGUCUGUCCUAACCGAUUUCAUGCAAUCGGUUGGACAGAAUCUCCGGGCAUUUUAUUACUUGGAUGGCGGCAGCGUGCUGGAUUCUGGCAUAUCUCGUCUGCCCAUAUUGUCUGCAUGCACAUCUAUGACAUCUGUAACACUCACGACGAGCGCAUUGAGCCUGCACGCCGAUCCCGAUCGACUGAGACAGACCCUCGUCUUCUUGGCGUCGCUCCCGGCAGCCAUCUGCCGCAUGAGGCUCGAGCUCAAGUACUACGAAUCCUGGACUGGCAAAUCGACGCUGGCCCCGACGAUGCAGGAGGUCAACUGGGCUGCGAUUAGCCGAGCGCUCGAGGCGUAUGCGAACCUCGCCGCCCUGGAGAUUGGGGUUCAAUGCUUUUAUUGUGCGCCAAACUGUACAUCUCUUGCGGAUGAUGUCUCUGUACAAGCUGCCGUGCUCGAGAGGUUCCCUGCACGGCUGAGAGCUGUUGCCAUUUUCAUCUGAGAUAUCGUUGGAUUUUAUCGCUGUACCGAUACUCUCAUGCGAUAAAUAUCUCAUGGAUCG